UUGCAUACCUAUAGAUAUAUAUUCUAAUAUACUGAUAAUAUUAAAUAAAGACACGUACUGAAUUUAGAUCCAACCUAUGAAACUCCAGACAACUCUGUACUUUUUUAAUACACAACCCAUCUACCAAGGGUAGACCUCCUGCUACCCCUUUUGACAGUCAUGUGACUGCUCUUCUUUCAAGAUUCAAGAACUCAGGUGUCUUCAUGCUCUCUAACCCUCUCUUUCAACAACGAUUUGAGGCUUAGAAUUCUUAAUACUGGAAUUUUCUGCAGCUCUGUUGGUGUCAAUCUGAAGUAGCUUUUAACUGUUUCUUCCCAACUAAAUUCAGGCUUUCUUUGAAUCAAUCUGCCGAAGCGUUUAACUGUAUUUCUUAAAAAAAAGCUAGGCAAGCAUUUGAGGUUCAAAACUCUUAUAUACUAGCUUUUCCUGCUCUCUAAAUUGAUGGAUUAGUACCGCUUAGUGUCUGAUCAAAGAAACCCGUAAAAAGAGAGAGUUGUAUGCGGUAUUUGCUUCAAAAAAGUGAAAAAAAUGAUUUUUCCAAAAACUGUGUUUCAAUCAAACUUCACUAAUGAAAAGAUUUUGAGUUUGUGAAGAAGUCUUUUGUCCUAUAGUUGGUGUGAGAAAUGGCUUACGCAGAUGUGGUUUCUCUCAUUCAAACUUUGAAGCAACUUAUGCAGCAAAAGCCACGUUGGGUUAUUGGUGAUACUAGGAAAAUGGUGGAAUCUCUCCUUGAUACUGUUGGAUAUUUCCAAAAUUUUCUUGAGAAGAUUUACUUGAGAAGGCAAGUCUUUGGAAAAUCUGAAGAGUUGGAGAGAGCGAUUAGAAUUGCAGUGAACGACAUAGAGAAUGUGAUUGAACUGGAGAUAUAUGAAUAUAAUCAACUGGAGCUCUGUUCAAGAGUGGCAUUGCCACGCCAGCCUUUAUGUGACGACUUGCCUCCCCUCGUAGAAAAGAUUGAUAUUGUGAAGAGGAAGAUGAUGAAAAAUAGUUUUGCUGCAAAUGAGGAUCUGCAACUGGGAGAUUCAUUGGUAGGUCAUUCAUCAUCUAGACGUGUUGAAAAUCUGAAUCUAGAAAAUGUUGUCGUGGGUCUUGAAGACGACUUGAUGAAAAUCAUGAGAAGACUAAUAGGGCCCCCCUCUAGUCGAGAAAUUGUCUCAAUUUUGGGCAUGGGGGGGAUUGGCAAGACGACUCUUGCUAAGAAAGCAUACCAUCAUCCUGAAAUCAGGAGUCGCUUUGACAUCCAUGUUUGGGUAACAAUAUCUCAAGAAUAUCUCACUAGAGAUUUGUGGCUGGGCAUUCUUUCCUGUAUUUCUCAGCUGAAAAAUGAGGUUCAAGAUGAGACUUAUCGGUUGGCGGUGAGAGAUGAGAUUAAUGAAAGUAGUGAUGAUCAGCUGAUGCAUAUGAUAUACAAAAAGUUGAUGCGUCGGAGGUAUCUUGUUAUCAUGGAUGAUAUUUGGAGUAAAGACAUAUGGGAUCUUAUGACAAGAAUUUUUCCAGAUGAUAACAAUGGGAGUCACAUUAUUUUGACUAGCAGGCACAAAGAGGUUGCUGAGCAUGCAGAUCCUGAUAGCAAUCCUCAUGAGAUGAGCCUAUUGAAUACAGAUAAUAGUUGGAAGUUACUUCAUGACAAGGUGUUUGGGGUAGAACAUGCAUGUCCUCCUGAAUUAGAGGAUAUUGGAAAGCAAGUAGCGCAAAAGUGCCAAGGACUACCUUUAGCUCUUCUAGUGGUUGCAGGGCAUCUCUCCAAAAUUUCUAGAACACGCGAAUGUUGGGAUGAUGUUGCCAAAACUAUUAGUAAAAUUGUUGCUAGUGAGCCAGAUAAAUGUCUUGGAGUGCUUGGAAUGAGUUAUAGUUACUUGCCUAAUCACCUAAAAGCAUGCUUCCUUUCUAUGGGAGCAUUCCCAGAAGAUUUUGAGGUUUCCACUGAGAGACUAAUCCAGUUAUGGGUUGCUGAAGGUAUUCUAAGGAAUGAAAGGCUCAAAAGCUUGGAAGAAACGGGAAAACAGUCCUUGGAAGAUCUUAUUAGUAGGAACUUGAUAAUAGUUAGAAAAAGGAGAUUUAAUGGAGAGAUGAAAACGUGUGGAAUUCAUGAUCUGGUGCGCGACUUGAUUCUAAGACAAGCUGAGAAAGAGAAGUUCUUGCAGGUUAUAAGGAUUCAUGAUGUCAUCAGAAGAUUCAAUGAUUCAGCUAGUAAGCCUCAUGUUUAUCGCUACAGUUCACAUUCAAGGAUUUCUCACGGGGAUUGCUGGAAGUCGACAUCUAGUCUGACCCGAACAUUGUACUUAUUCAAUGGACUAAAACUUGCUCCGCCUCCUUCUAAACAAAUACCUUUUUUGGCACGCUUCAAACUUCUAAGAGUGUUGGCAAUCCUUCAAUAUACGUUUCGAGAAUUCCCUCUUGACAUAACCAAAUUAGUACAUCUCAGAUACCUUGAAUUCAAUUGUAAUGAUGAUCUUCAUUGUUCAGUUUCAGAGCUUUAUAAUCUGCAACAUUUGAUUUUUGGCGGACAGUCCAAUUUACCAGUAGAGAUCUGGAAGAUGAAACCUUUGAGGCAUCUUGAGGUAAAAAAGAUCGCUUCUUUUUGUGUUCCAUCAAGUAAGGCAGUGUCUAGUUUCAUGUUACAAAAUCUUGAGGGACUUUCAGAUCUAAGUAUUUCCUGCUGUACUAAGGAAUUGUUUACUGGUAUUCCUAAUCUAAAGAGGCUGAAAAUUCAUGGGGCUUGGACAGAAUGCAGCAGAGAUAUGAUCUCCCAGACGCUAAAUAGCCUUUCUUGUUUAAAUCAACUUGAAAUAUUGAAGAUCGCAUGCUCCAGAAAAUUAUACCCACACCCACUCCCACUCCCAAGUAAGUAUGCUUUGCCUACAUCCCUGAAGAGGUUGACAUUAAGAUGUACCUAUUUACCAUGGGAAGACAUGGCAAAUAUUGUAAUGUUGCCAAACCUCGAAGUGCUUAAAAUUAAAGACAAUGGAUUUGAUGGUGAUGCGUGGAGAUUAAGUGAUGAAGAGGCUUUCAAUCAACUUAAGUUCCUCCUAAUCGAUAGGACAAAUCUGAAGCGCUGGGAAGCUGGCAGUGUUAACUUCCCAAAGCUGCAACACCUGGUUCUGAAAAGAUGCAUAUACCUUGAGGAAAUCCCUAAAGACAUAGGGGAAAUUUAUACCUUGGAGUCAAUAGAGUUGCUUAAUUGCCGAACUUCUGCUGCGAAAUCCGUCAAAGAAAUUAAAGAAGAGCAAGAGAGCAUGGCAAAUGAUUGCCUUAGUGUCUGCAUCCAUGAGAAACCUUGGUGGGAUUAGUAAUAUAUUUAACUCAAGAAGGCUGAUCAUGCUAGUUAAGACAAAAUGGUGCUGUGAGAGAUAGCUAAGUUGCAGAAGCUUUUUCUCCUAGAUCAAGAAAGCAGAAUCAUCCACUCUUAGCUUAGAAGAUGUGAUCACUUGUUACUUAUUCAUCAACAAGUAACUUCUUUCUUUUCUAGACCUUUAUGACUAAAGUAACAGGAUAUAGAGCCUGUUUGGAUGGGCUUAUUUUAAGCAGCUUAUAAGAUGCAAAC